UUUUUUUCUAUUUCAGACAAUUCAGGCAACAACAAAACAGCAAUGGUUUCUCGGGAAGCCAAGGGUGGGAUUGUGGCUGGUGUUGGAGCAGUGAUAACAAUUAUUGCUGCGAUUUUUGCAUUCUACGGCUUUGAUAAUAUCAUAAAGGGACAACUCGAAAAUACGCUGAGGUUAGACAAGAAGGACGAAGGCUAUAAGAACUUCAAAGAGACUCCAAUCGACGUCGUGAUGAAAUUCUUCGCAUUUAACAUUACCAACUGG